AUGGCUUUGAAGCUAAAGUUAAAAGCUGAAAAGCGACCAAACGAGUCGGGAGAUGAUGACAGGACGGUAAAACCGACCAAAAUCAAGGUUAAGAAGCCGCGAAAGUCGCGUGUGGAUGUGGCUUCCGACAGACCCAGUACGUCAUUGCGACUGAAUUUAAAAACUGGUGCUGAUGGUACACCGACUGUAAUCAAGAAAAAGAGGACAGGAAUUCCCAGGAUCAAAGUCAAAGCAGGAAGAAAACCUGGUGAUGGAUAUGAUUCGGAAGCUCCCGAUAGAGAAGAAGACCCUGUGAUAGAAGAAGCCGUCAUUUUGCGAAUGCUUCCCGGUGAACAUUUAGACUAUUUACGUGCUGCUUGCGAACAGGGUGAUCUAUCUAAAGUAUCAAUUAAAUUUAAAGAUCCAAGACGUGCUGUGGUGACAAUUCACGACCAACUUUUCGCUGCUCAGCUAGUUGAUUUACCUACUGUCACUGAAGCACAAAAGUCUUUUGAUAGAAAAAAUAUUUAUAAGAGUGCAGAUGUUUGUCAAAUGCUACUCGUCACUGAGCCAAUUGAGCUCGAAGAAGAGGCUCUCUCUAUAAAGCUGGUUCCCCAACAAUAUCCACAUGGUUUAACACCACCAAUGUAUUAUGCCAGGCAGAGACGAUUCCGAAAGAGAAUUUCCAAUAAAGUCAUUGAAACAGUAGAAGCUAAAGUAGAUGAACUUUUCAGAUUAGAUGAGGAAGCGGAAGAAAGCAGGUAUGAACUUUUGAAUCCAAAUAUGCUAGCGACCUCUGGCAGUUCGGCAGGAAUGGCAGCUGCGAAUGCGUCGGCAAGUGGAGGAUCAAGGUCACCUAGAGCGUCCUCUGAGCCUUCAACGCCAUUUGAUAUGCUUGCUGGUGGCGAAGAGAUCGAAGUUGACGAAGGUGAGGUCGAAGUUGAAGUGGAUGGUGAAGAGGAUGAUGAUCUGCUUGGUCUGGAACUUGAAAGAGCUUUGCAAGAAGAAGGCGAAGCUGGAGGUGAUGGUGAUCUACAGGAUGAUGCCGAGGAUGACGACGAUGGUAUGUUUUCCGAGCGAAAAUCCACGACAAGUAAAGGGAAAUCCAAAGGCAAAAAUAAAUCAGCAGCCAGCAGUGGCGAUGUAUCUACACCCGCUGAGACCCCUGGUGCAGAAACUGGAGCGGAAACCGGUGUUGAUGAUGAUGAGGAGGAAGAGGACGAUGAGGAUGACGACGAUGAUGACGACUCUGAUGACGACGAUGAUAACGAAAAUGAUGAUAAUCGUGAUGACAUGGAUGAAGAUCAGAUCGAAGCAAUGUACCAUAAUCAACUUUUGAAAGAAGAAAUUUCCGAGCUUGAGUCCACUAUUGAAGCCAAACAACGUGAUGCAAACAAUACUGUAAACCAGAUAAUGAAGGGACGUUUGUUGGAUGUUGUCAACAAGCUGCGUCAAGAGCUGGAAAUGAAACGUCGCGUGCUGAAAGUCAGCGACAAAGAGUCAAAUACCCAGUCCGAUGGCCAAAAUUCCAAAGCUAAAGAUGACGAAGAGGACGACGGUGACGCUGAUCCCGAUGCUGACAACGAAGCCGAUGGUGACGCUGAACCUGAAGACAAUGAUAAUGACAAUGACGAGGAUGUUGAUGACGAUGUCGAGUCAUUGUUUUAA